UCAUUUCUUCUCCCUGCUUUUUCCAACUCAUUCUCUCUCUCAACUCACCCAUCUAUGGCUUCUAACUAUUCUUUCUCUUCUUCAAUUAUUUCUCCAAAAUCUAGCAUGUUUUAUUAUGGUGGAAGUGAAGAUUUCUAUGAUCAACCUCAGUUCCUUCAAGCAUGUUCUCUUUGUAGAAAACAUCUUGGCCAAAACAAAGACAUCUUUAUGUACAGAGGGAACACACCAUUUUGUAGCAAAGAGUGCAGACAAGAACAGAUGGAGAUUGAUGAGUCCAUAGAAAAAGGCUGGAAAAUUUCUUCAAAAAGAAGUGUUAGAAAUUCAGAAAAAAAUUCUACAAAAAAUAAUACUGUAAGAGCUGGCACAGUAGCAGUGGCCUAAUUCACAAGACGGUGGUAAAAAAAUAAUCCAAAGUUUAGGGAAAAAAUGUUGAAGUUGAAAACUAAGAGUACUUCAUUUACAUCAUGAAGAUUCAAAUAAAAAAGAAUUUGCUGAAGAGGAAGUUGAUGAUGAAAAGAUUGUUGUUGAGAUUGAGAUGGAUAAUAAGAGGUUGAAUUCCUCUUUAAGGGAUGUGAUGUGAAAAUUUUGAAGUGGUUGAAAAAGGAAGUGAUGAAAGUGAAGAGUUAGAAAGCAUAGUCGAUUAGUUAUAAAUAAUUAAUGCAAAAGAAAAGCGAAAGUGGUGUCAGAAAAUCCUAACUCAACCGGCAGAAAUCAAUAUUACUAGAUUGAACGUAAGAGGGAAAAGAAAAAAAGAUAUUGUAUGCGACUGAAUCAAACAAGUGUUUGUAGGGAGCAUAUCCAGUUUUCUUUCUUGUACUCUUUAUAUAUUUCAAUUAUUAGUUAUUUUGUACUUGUUUUGAUUGAAAAGUGAGUUUUUCAAAUUUUGUGUA